AUUAUCUGAGAUGGAAAUGACGACUUUUUCCUAGAGGUUGUUUUUUUUUUUUUGUUGCAGUUUUUUGUUUGAGAUUUUCUUUUUGUCUUUUCUUGCUUGAUUAGAUAUUGGAGGUUGAGCAGUACUGCUUGAUGAGGUUGUUUUUUUUCCUUGCAUUAAAUGGGAUAGAAAUUAUGACAUGGUUGAUUUAUUAUUGAAAAAAGAAUGUAUAUGAUUAAGACUAUAUCUAAGAUUCCUCUUUAAAUUAUAACAUGAUUCCUUCAAAAGACUUCUUGUUGUGUGCACGCCAACCAUAAUGAUAGAGAUUUGUAUUUUCACCCAGCCAACUACAUUGCAUAUUAAUAUUAAUGUUGUGUUGUGAUGUUCUAUAAAAUAGUACAAAUCGCACUCACACUCUAAUUCAUUGUCUUGGAUAUUGCACCCUUAUUAUAAGAAAUAGUCCAAAUAUUGAUAAUAAUAACGCAUCAACAUAGCUCGAUGGAAGUAGAACAAAAGUAUAGUACAUAGAUCAUCUCUAAAUUUAUGAGCUAUCUAUUUAAUUUUAAAAAAAGCCGAUGUAGCACGAGACUCGUCGUGAGAAGAUAAAUUAUUUUUUUAUUAUUUUUUAAUCAUUUUUUGAUAUUCUUAAAUAUUUUUAAAAAAAAUUUCACAACAUCACUAAAAAAUAAUUUUUUAAUCACUAAGUUAAAAAAAAUAAAAACAAUCGGACCCAUGUUUGGGACCCAUUUUCGGUGAAUAUAGCUUUUUGUAUUUAAAAAUUAUCCUUUUUUCAUUACACCCAUCUCUCUUUGUUUCUUUUCUUUCAAAAGCCAAAUUCCAGCCCUAAUUUCUGUUAUUUAUACCAUAAUUCUAGAUCACAUUCUCCCUGAACUUCCAAUCAUCAUUCACCAUGUUUACAUCAAAGAGGCCGACCUACAUUACUUUAUGCCAUUUCUUGAAACUACACUGUUAUACAAUGGCUUAUCUUUUGAUCGAUGUUCAUGCCAUCCUAAUUUCCCAUGCAUUCCUGUCUUUCCCAUUUCCAGUUAACAUUAUUAUCUUUUCGAAACAUACAGUACCAUUUGUAUUCUUUUAUGUAUGUUAAUAUUUUCCAUCUCUUCGCUUAUAUGUUUAAAUUUUUGGGUUGAACUAAUUAACGAGCACAUAUUGAGAUUAGAGUCAUGAUUAGAUCACCUAUUUAUGCUCUCUCUCUUUUUUUCAUGAAAAUGAAAAAAAAAAAGAGUAAGAGGGAGUAAUUGGAGAAGGAUGAACAUGGAGAUUUGGAUAGUGAGUUGAGAUAAAAAUUGAAUAAAAUAUUAUUAGAAUACUAUUUUUUAAUAUUAUUUUUUUUAUAUUUGGAAAAGUUUGAAUUGUUUAUUGUAUUUUAUGUGAAAUUUAGACAGCUGUAAUGAUAAAUAAGUUAAAAGACUUUUUAUAUCCAAACCGUUCCAAUAUUUUAUGCAAUUUCCAUGUCGUAGAUAAAUACUCUGAUAUUGUAGCCAUAACAACAUCUAUGUGAAACAUGCCUAUUCUGGCUUGGACGUCGACGAUAUUUGUGCUGGUUAUUCUUGCUUAUCUCUUGCGAGAAUGGACAUGGAGAAGGAUGAACAAGACUAAGAAACUACCUCCUGGUCCAAGAGGCUUGCCUAUCUUUGGGAAUCUUCAUAUGUUUGGGGAAUUUCCUCAUCAAGAUCUUCACCGACUAGCCCAAAAAUAUGGCCCCAUCAUGCACUUGCGCUUAGGCUUUGUGCCCACCAUUGUUGCCUCCUCCCCCCAAGCUGCUGAGUUGUUUCUUAAAGCUCAUGACCAGGUGUUUGCUAGUAGACCACCUAGUGAGUUUGCAAAGCACGUCUCUUAUGGGCAAAAGAGUUUGUCCUUCUCUUCUUACGGUCCUUAUUGGCGCAACAUUCGCAAGAUGUGCACCCUUGAAUUGCUUAGCAACCUCAAAAUCAAUUCUUUCAGAUCCAUGAGGAAAGAAGAGCUUGGCCUACUGGUGAAGUUUAUUGAAAAGGCUGCCUCUGAUUGUAUUGUUGUUGAUCUCAGUACCAAGAUCUCAUCCCUCAGCGCGGAUAUGAGUUGUCGUAUGUUGUUUGGGAAGAAGUACAUGGAUAAGUAUUUUGAUGAGAGAGGAUUUAAGGCUGUAUUUCAAGAGGGUAUGUAUCUAGUUGCUACUCCUAACCUUGGUGAUUACCUUCCUUAUAUUGGUCUCCUUGACCUUCAGGGGCUAACGCGACGCAUGAAGGCAGUUAGUAAGAUAUUUGAUGACUUUUUUGAGAAAAUUAUCGACGAUCAUGUCCGAUCCAAUGAUGAAAAUAAGAUUAAGGACUUUGUUGAUGUCAUGCUGAACUUCAUGGGACCUGAAGACUCCGAGUACCAUAUUGAACGGUCCAAUAUCAAGGCCAUAAUUUUGGACAUGCUUGCAGGAUCAAUGGACACUACUGCAACAGCAAUUGAAUGGGCAAUUUCAGAAGUUAUCAAGCAUCCAAGGGUAAUGACGAAACUUCAAAAGGAGCUAGAAGAUGUAGUGGGCUUGGAGAGAAUGGUAGACGAAUUAGAUUUGGAUAAGCUGGAAUACUUGGACAUGGUUGUAAAGGAAACCAUGAGACUACAUCCAGUAGCACCUCUACUGCUACCUCAUGAGGCCACAGAGGACAUCACCAUCCAAGGCUUCCACAUCCCCAAGAAGUCUAGGUUGUUAGUGAACGUAUGGGCAAUUGGGCGAGACCCAAGUGUUUGGAUUGAUGCUGAGAAGUUCUUCCCAGAAAGGUUUGUUGGGAGUAGCAUUGAUCUCCAAGGACGUGACUUCCAACUUCUCCCAUUCGGCUCUGGGAGAAGAGGUUGCCCGGGGUUACAGUUGGGUCUAACCGGGGUUCGGCUUGUGGUGGCACAGCUUGUUCAUUGCUUUGAUUGGGAGCUUCCUAAUAACAUGCUACCAACUGAGUUGGACAUGACUGAGGAGUUUGGCCUUACAGUUCCUAGAGCCAAACAUCUACUCGCUAUUCCCCGACAUCGCCUUCACAAAUAAGAAAGAAGAUCUCCUUUCUUCUUUACUCUAUUGUCAUCUAUAUUUAUUGAUUUCAUGGUAAUGAUGUCCCUGUCACACUCAUGUUAUUAGAACUCUUCAAGAUAUGAUGUUCCUUUGAGUUUGAGAUUUGCUUUAAUGCAACUCAUUGUACUUUCUGUCCACUAUAUAAUCGAAAAAUAUUCAUAAAAUAAGAGAGACAUCAUUGUAUAAUUUAUAUAUGAAAUACUCCAGUCAGCAUACAUAAGCUAA